CCAUGUUCUCUCCCAUCAAAUCCAUACACUUGCACCUGCCACUCUUUUUCUGUCUCUUUUUCCAAUAUAAAAAGCAUCAAAGAAAAUAAAGUGCUUGCAGAAACCAAAGCCAAAGUACAUCUUCCUAGUUUUAAAACAAUUCAAAUGAGAUAAAAGUAAAAAAAAAGAAAAAAAAAAAAGAAAAGGGCCAUUGGUUUGAGAAACAAAAAUGGCGCUGAAGGUCGGCAUGUUCAUGUUAUUGCUAUUGUUUUCAUGGCUUUGUUCUGCUACAGCUUCUGUGACUUAUGACAGCAGAGCUAUAUUGAUUAAUGGAAGGAGAAGGAUCCUUAUUUCUGGGUCAAUUCACUAUCCAAGAAGCACACCCGAGAUGUGGCCGGAUCUUAUACAGAAGGCCAAAGAUGGAGGUUUGGAUGUUAUCCAAACCUAUGUGUUUUGGAAUGGGCACGAACCUUCUCAGGGAAAGUACUAUUUUGAGGACAGAUACGAUUUGGUUAAGUUCAUCAAGCUGGUUCAGCAAGCAGGCCUAUAUGUUCAUCUCCGAAUUGGUCCCUAUGUUUGUGCUGAAUGGAAUUUUGGGGGAUUCCCUGUUUGGCUUAAAUAUGUUCCAGGAAUCGCUUUUCGAACAGACAAUGGGCCAUUUAAGGCGGCAAUGCAAAAGUUUACAGAGAAGAUAGUCAGUAUGAUGAAAGCAGAGAGACUGUUCGAAACUCAAGGAGGUCCCAUAAUUCUUUCUCAGAUUGAAAAUGAAUAUGGACCAGUGGAAUGGGAAAUUGGUGCCCCUGGUAAAGCUUACACCAAAUGGGCAGCUCAAAUGGCUGUGGGACUUAAUACUGGAGUUCCAUGGAUUAUGUGCAAGCAAGAGGAUGCCCCCGAUCCAGUGAUAGACACCUGCAAUGGUUUUUACUGUGAAAACUUCACUCCAGAUAAGAAGUAUAAACCCAAAAUGUGGACAGAAGCCUGGACUGGAUGGUACACUGAGUUUGGUGGUCCGAUUCCUCAUAGACCUGCAGAAGACUUGGCAUUUUCAGUUGCACGAUUCAUACAAAAUGGUGGUUCUUUCAUUAAUUAUUAUAUGUACCAUGGAGGAACAAAUUUUGGACGAACGGCUGGUGGCCCCUUCAUUGCAACUAGCUACGAUUACGAUGCUCCUCUGGAUGAAUAUGGUCUACCAAAUGAACCUAAAUGGGGACAUUUGAGGGAUUUGCAUAGAGCAAUCAAGUUAGCUGAGUCAGCUUUAGUGUCUACUUAUCCCACAGUGACCUCUCUUGGAAGUAAUCUAGAGGCUCAUGUAUACAAGUCGUCUGGAGGUUGUGCUGCAUUCCUUGCAAAUUACAACACGAAUUCUCAUGCAAAAGUGAGCUUUGGAAAUGGGCAAUAUGAUCUACCACCUUGGUCUGUCAGCGUUCUCCCUGAUUGCAAAACUGCCGUUUUCAACACUGCAAGGCUUGGUGCCCAAAGCUCACAGAUGAAGAUGACUCCUGUGAAUAAUGCAUUCUCUUGGCAAUCACACAAUGAAGAAACUGCCUCUUCUGAUGAUUCUGAAGCAACUACAUUACAGGGGUUAUGGGAGCAAAUAUAUAUCACUAGGGAUAAUACAGACUAUUUGUGGUACUUGACAGAUAUCACGAUAAGCCCGGAUGAAGGAUUUGUGAAGAAUGGAAAAUCACCUCUUCUCACUAUUUUUUCAGCAGGCCAUGCCUUGCAUGUUUUUGUCAAUGGUCAGCUAUCAGGAACUGUAUAUGGGGGAUUGGAGAAUCCUAAAUUAACAUUUAGUGACUACAUCAAGCUGAGGCCUGGCAUUAACAAGCUUGCUCUACUGAGCGUUGCUGUUGGUCUGCCGAACGUUGGUCUGCAUUUUGAGCAAUGGAAUGCCGGGGUUCUAGGCCCAGUGACGCUGAAGGGUCUUAAUUCAGGAACAUGGGACAUGUCAAAAUGGAAAUGGACCUACAAGAUUGGUCUUAAAGGGGAAGCUUUGAACCUCCAUACAAUUAGUGGGAGUUCUUCUGUUGAAUGGGUAGAAGGAUCAUUAUUAGCUCAAAAACAGCCACUUACCUGGUAUAAGGCUACUUUUAAUGCACCUGGAGGUAAUGCCCCAUUAGCUUUAGAUAUGGGAAGCAUGGGAAAGGGUCAAGUAUGGAUAAAUGGUCAGAGCAUUGGGCGCCACUGGCCAGGAUAUAUAGCACGUGGUGGCUGUGGUGCUUGUAGUUAUGCUGGAACUUAUGAUGACAAAAAAUGUCGAACCAAUUGUGGUCAAUCAUCCCAAAGAUGGUACCAUAUUCCUCGGUCAUGGCUGAAACCAAGUGGGAAUUUACUAGUUAUAUUUGAAGAAUUGGGUGGCAAUCCAACCGGAAUUUCUUUAGUCCAAAGAACAACGGGAAGUGUGUGUGCUGAUAUAUUUGAGGGGCAACCAACAAUGAGAAGCUGGGAAAUGCUAACCUCUGGUAAAGUGAAUAAACCCAAGGCCCAUCUGUGGUGUCCAACUGGGCAGAAAAUCUCUGAAAUUAAGUUUGCAAGCUAUGGAUUGCCACAGGGGACAUGUGGAAGCUUCAAAGAAGGGAGCUGCCAUGCCCACAGGUCUUAUGAUGCUCCUCAAAGGAAUUGCGUUGGAAGGCAAAGCUGCUUGGUAACCGUUGCUCCUGAAGUUUUUGGAGGAGAUCCAUGCCCUGGUAACAUGAAGAAGCUCUCAGUUGAGGCUGUUUGCAGCUGAGAUUCCAGCGACAACACUAGCUUAUCACAAUAAAUGAAGUCGUCUCAAAUUAGUUCUUGAUUCAUUACAUAAAGGGAAUUGAAUUCAAGCUUUACAGAUUCCAUCCAGAUUGCCUAUGCAAGUCUUUAUUAAACACACCAUAUACCAUCUAGCCAAAUGCCAAAUGUAGAUAGUCAUAGAUGUUUGCUUAUGUAUAUAGACAAAUCAAUUGUUUGUCAACAGUAGCUUCAUAGGUUACAGUUUAUACCUAGGGCUACGGCUCGCUGCAAAGAAGCAAAAAAAAAAUUUAAUUUCGCAUAUAGCAAGCCUUUAACUUGCUGAAUCUCAUUCUCUGUAAAAUUCUGAAGAAAAUAAAAUGUAACUGCUUCUUUCAUAUUGCAAGAAAUAAAUUGAAUGGCAAUUUUAAUCAA